AUGGCACCUGCCAAGAAGGGUGGGGAGAAAGGCUGCUCAGCCAUCAAUGAGGUGGUGAUGUGCAAGUACACCAUCAACAUCCACAAGCACAUCCAUGGUGUGGGCUUCAAGAAGCAUGCACCCUGGGCACUCAAGGAGAUUGACAAGUUUGCCAUGAAGGAGAUGGGUGCCCCAGAGGUGCACAUCGACAAGUGGCUCAACAAGGCCGUCUGGGCCAAGGGCAUCAGGAAUGUCCCAUACCGAAUCCAUGUAUGUUUGUUCAGAAAGCAUAAUGAGGAUGAAGAUUCACCAAACAAACUUUACACGCUGGUUACCUCUGUGCCUGUCACCACUUUCAAAAAUCUUCUGGUAGUCAAUGUGGAUGAGACCUAA